AAGUCCUCACAGAAAAUAGAAGACCUGAUGGAAAUGGUGAAGAAGCUUCAAAAAGUGGGAAGCCUAGAGCCCAGGGUCGAGGUCCUGAUUAACCGGAUUAAUGAGGUUCAACAAGCAAAAAAGAAAGCCAGUGAGGAGCUAGGAGAGGCCCGGAAUGUCUGGGAGAUGCUGCAGAAGGAACUGGACUCUUUGAGUGGAGAGAAAAUACACCUGAAAGAAAUCUUGAACAAAAAGCAAGAGACCCUAAGAAUCCUCAGGCUCCACUGCAAGGAGAAAGAAGGUGAGGCACAAAGGAAGCACAGCAUGCUGGAGGGGUGCAAGGAGCGAAUUUCUGCCCUAAAUUCCAAGAUUGAGGAAGAGAAGAAUAAACAGAGGCAACUGAGGUUGGAGUUCGAAGAACAGCUGGAGGAUCUGAUGAGCAAACACAAGGAUCUGUGGGAAUUUCAUAGACCUGAGCGACUGAUUCAGGAGAUUAACACACUGGACAAUAGCAAGGAGCAACUGCUCAAGGAAGAGAAGCUAGUAGAGGCAAAACUAGAGGAUAUGAAGCACCGUCUAUGCUCCCAGUUUGGGACCGAAGGUCGCUCUAUCAAUGAAGGGGUCUUCCUUCGCAGCCAGGAGGCAGCCGCAGUAGUGCAUUUGCUUGAGGAGGAGAACCAGAAGGCCCAGGACCUCCUGGAUGCAGCUGUUCAGCGCCAUGAACAACUACAGCAGAAGUGCCAGCAACUGCAGUUGAAGAGACAGAGGCUAAAAGAGGAGCUGGAAAUGCUUGGAGUGCAGGUCCCUGCUCAAGCCCAGAAUAUACGAGAAGAGGCUCACCUAGCAGAAGCAGCCAAUCUCAAGCCUCUUGGAAUCAGUGAGGAGAAAGACUCAGAGCUGCCUACUGUGCAGGGUCUGAUACCCUCAUAG